GAUUGGCUGAGAGGGACACGGCGCUUAGUUAGUUCCUGUGUGCGCUGUCACGUCCCGGUUAUUACUACUGGCGGCGGCCAUGUCGGGCAUCAGUCAACAGCGGAGGAGCCGGCAGACAGGAGAUGCCGGGGACAAGUACUCGGUGCUGCUGCCGACCUAUAACGAGCGAGAGAACUUGCCGCUCAUUGUUUGGCUUCUGGUAAAAUACUUUGGAGAGAGUGGAUAUAAUUACGAAAUAAUUAUAAUCGAUGAUGGAAGCCCGGAUGGAACAUUGGAAGUGGCUAAGCAACUGCAAAAAAUAUAUGGAUCUGAUAAAAUAAUACUUCGGCCAAGAGAAAAGAAAUUAGGUUUAGGAACUGCAUAUAUUCAUGGGAUGCAACAUGCGUCUGGGAACUUCAUUAUUAUUAUGGAUGCAGAUCUCUCCCACCACCCUAAAUUCAUUCCGGAGUUUAUAAAAAAACAGAAACAAGAUAAUUUUGAUAUUGUGUCUGGAACUCGCUAUGCUGGAGAUGGGGGGGUUUAUGGCUGGGACUUCAAAAGGAAGCUUAUAAGUCGUGGAGCAAACUUUCUGAGCCAGAUCUUGCUGCGUCCAGGAGCCUCUGACUUAACUGGGAGUUUCAGGUUGUACAGAAAAGAAGUCCUACAGAAACUGGUUGAGCAUUGUGUGUCCAAGGGUUAUGUCUUCCAAAUGGAGAUGAUCGUGCGGGCCAGGCAGUUUAAUUACAGCAUUGGAGAGGUCCCCAUCUCAUUUGUGGAUCGUGUUUAUGGAGAGUCCAAGCUGGGGGGAAAUGAGGUGGUCUCUUUCCUAAAGGGCCUGUUAACUUUAUUUGCAACCACGUGAUCUCAGCUGGGGAACUUGCUACAUUAAUGGAUCAAUCGAUGGAUGCAUUAUUGUCAGUCCAUGCUGCUGAACUAUUUUGGAUAAAGGAAAGGAAAAUAGAAGAGAGAGAGAGAGAGUCCUAUUAGAAAAGAGAUUUACCCUCUUUCAAAUCUGUAUUUUUGCAAAUGAGGACAUAACUAACAAACAUCUAGUUGUCACAAAGUUCUCAAAUUUGGUAAACUGAUUUUCUUUUUCUUUUUUAAAUACCCUUUAUUUAUGGAAACCAACAUGGCAAAAAAAGCAAUAAAAAAACAUUUGAUAGUU